ACUCAACUUUAAUCCGUUGGCUGCAGUGUCGAAUGCAUUCAAACGAUGAUGAAUGCAUCUUCUCUAAUCUCUCUUCUCGACAAAUGCAAAUCAAUGUCCGAAUUAAGAAGAAUCCAUGCUCUGCUUUUCACUUUCGGUGCCUCUCAAGAUGACGCCGUCGUAUCGAAACUUCUCUCGUUCUCUGCACUCUCCCCCGCCGGCGAUCUCGACUACUCAUAUAAACUGUUAUUGAAUCUUCCCAAUCCCACCACAUUCAAGUGGAACACUCUCAUAAGGGGUUUUUCAAAUUCCAGAAACCCAAAUCGUUCAAUUACGGUUUUCGUUAGGAUGCUGCGGAAUGGGGUCUCCCCUGAUUAUAUGACGUAUCCUUUUCUGGGGAAGGCGACAGCGAAGUUGUUGAAUCGGAAGCUUGGAAUGGCGGUGCAUGUUCAUGUUGCCAAAACUGGGCAUGAGGUUGACAGGUUCGUAAUGAAUUCAUUGAUUCAUAUGUAUGCUUCUUGCGGAGAUAUUGCGUUGGCGCGUAAGGUGUUCGACGAAAUGCCUACGAAGAAUUUGGUGUCUUGGAACGCUAUGUUGGAUGGGUAUGCCAAAUGUGGGGACGUGAAUACUGCUAGGGAGGUGUUUGAUUUAAUGCAUGAGAGGGAUGUUGUGUCGUGGAGCUCUUUGAUCGAUGGGUAUGUUAAGUGCGGGGAAUAUGGUGAGGCGAUGUCUCUGUUUGAGCGCAUGCGCUCUGCUGGGCCCAUGGCGAAUGAGGUGACUUUGGUGAGUGUUCUGUGUGCCUGUGCCCAUUUGGGUGCACUUGAACAGGGGAGAAUGAUGCACGGUUAUAUAGUUGAGAAUGAGUUGCCAUUCACUAUUGUGCUACUGACAUCUUUGGUGGACAUGUAUGCCAAAUGUGGCGCCAUACAUGAAGCUUUGGCUGCGUUUCGUGCAUGUCCACUGCAACGGACUGAUGUUCUAAUCUGGAAUGCUAUAAUUGGAGGUUUGGCAACACAUGGGCUGAUAAAAGAGUCAAUGGACUUGUUUAGUGAGAUGCAAAUGGUAGGGAUUGCGCCUGAUGAGAUCACAUACUUGUGCUUGUUAAGCUGUUGUGCUCAUGGAGGAUUAGUAAAUGAGGCUUGGUAUUUCUUUGAUUGCCUUCAUAAACAUGGUAUGACUCCAAAGGUUGAGCAUUAUGCUUGUAUGGUAGAUGCCUUAUCCCGGGCCGGCCAAGUAUCGGAAGCGUAUCAAUUCUUAUGUCAAAUGACCGUCCAACCAACGUCGUCGAUGUUAGGUGCUCUCCUGAGUGGGUGCAUGAAACAUGGUAAACUAGACCUUGCAGAAGUGGUAGGAAGGAGGCUUGUUGAGUUAGAUCCAGAUCAUGAUGGUAGAUAUGUUGGCUUAUCAAAUAUAUAUGCAGUAGACAAGCGUUGGAAUGAUGCCAGAAAUAUCAGAGAAGCCAUGGAAAGGAGGGGAGUGAAGAAAUCUCCUGGUUUUAGUUUUGUUGAAGUAUUUGGAAUCCUUCAUAGAUUCAUAGCUCAUGAUAAGACACAUGGUGAUUCCGAGCGGAUUUACGUAAUGCUGAACUUAAUUAUCGAUCAAAUGAGACCGAUCGAAGAUUCAGAAAAUCAGGAGUGCUGUUUGUAUGACCUGAUUGGUGUCUCUUGAUUCCUUUAACAC